AUGGCGUCAUCCGGUCUCGGGAGAGGUUCCAUCCUCCUCGCCUUCUGCUUGCUCUUGGUGCUUCUGCCAGGUCGCGCUGCUGCCUUUGGUGCCGGCAACAUCCCCUCUAUUGCCCAGGUCGAGGGUCACAAUUGGCGUCAUGGAGAUAUCGAGGACAUGCUCAAGACCAUUGCGUUUUUGCAUGGCAAGAAAUGGACCUCCAUGUUGGUAUCCCGAGUCUACUUUGGCAACUGGCUUCGAGACUAUUCGCAAGCCGUCGACGUGGGCAGCUUGAAGGGAGUCAACGCUCCCACCAUCAGAAUCCUGGUUUGGGUACUCUCUUUUAUGGCCUUUGGCUAUGCGACGGAGGAAUUCGAGGUCACCGAGGAGCGCCUUGGCGUCUACCGCCCGGAGGAACACAUCGAUAAUCCCCUAGGCUACGCUGACGGCUUGGACGCGCGCAAGUUCGACCCUCGCCUGCGUGGUCCCGUUGACCCUGUCGAGACACAGAUCGAUCCCCGCACUGGCAUGAAGAACUACAUUGCCAAUGAGUCUGGCGGCUGGGCGACCAGCGCUGGCUACUUGCGCUUCAGUUUCGCCCGCAGCAUCCACUUCGGCCGGGUCUAUACCAGCGGUUCGCGGGGUUCAGGAAAAGAAGCCGAUCUCUGCGAGGCACUGCGCUGUCUCGGACAAGCUCUCCAUUGCAUGGAGGACUUCAGCGCGCACAGCAACUACUGCGAGCUUGCUCUUCGAGAGCUGGGCUACCACGACGUCUACCCUCACUGCGGUACUCAAACUGAAAUCAACCUGAAUGGUCGCCGUGUCUACCCCAUCGUAACUGGUACCUUUGGUGCUGUGGACUUCUUACACUCCGUUCUCGGAGAAGCUACGGACCACUUCACGCAAUCCGAGGUAGACGAAAUGAAUGUCGCCCUGAAGAAUGCCGAGGGUAUGUCUGCGAAUAUCACUGGUGGCGGCACCGGAUCUCGUGGCUUCCUGGGGAUUGGCUCCUCGAAGCCGAGCGACUUCAUCUCCCUCGUAGGUCAGCUUCCUGGCAUCGGUGGAGAUUUGGCAAGCCAGGCUCGUGAUCUGCAGGCCCAGUCAAGUGCACAGGAGCAGCAGAACACUCGAUCUGGAGGCGACCUCAGCCGUGGUGACCUUAGCCGCGAGAGUUCCAAUCAGGUGCCCGGUAUGAGCACCAACUUCGAUCCUGUUGAGACUGCGCGCAAGAUCUAUCCGAUUCUUCAGUUCCGCGACAAGAUUGUCAAGUCCAUCAGCAAUCUCAUCUCCAAGAUCCCGGGUCUGGAGAAACUUUUGGACCACAUCAGUGAGACGCUGACUGCCUUCAUUUUGGGAUUGCUGGCGCCGUUUGUCAGACCCAUCAUCACACAGGUCUCGAAGGUUCUGAAGGACGGUUCAUCUACUGUCAUCGACGCAAGCUCGAACUCUCAGCUGGAGCCCUGGAAGAAUCCCAACUGCUCUGAUCCUACUCACUCCAUGCUCUCAAAGGACCAUUUUACCAACAUCCUGAACUCAUGUGCUGGCAGGGUUGCUGCAACUAUUCUGCAAUAUGUCGUCCCGCGAAUUCUGUAUGCCUGGGAGAAUCCGGGUGUGCCUGUUGAUGAGGUUGUUAAUGACGUCCUCCGGGCUUUCCACCACCCAGCAGCUCGCGAUGAGAGAGUCCAAAUCCAGAGAGAUAUGUUCGAGACGGUGCGAAAGUGGGCAAAUGAGAGUACCCUGAAGCACGAACUGUCCCGCCUGCUCUCAUCCGAGUCUGUCAAGGCUGGCAAGAACCAUAUCUUGGCUGGUGGUGAUGGCACGAAGAGCGUCGGAGGUCACACACACUCUCAUGGAGCCUUCGACAGCUUUGGAGAGCUGGGACAUGGCAAGGUGCAGGGCUCCCUGUGGAACCAGAUUCGUACUAGAGAUCUCAGCUCCAUGGAAGGUGAUGACAGGAAGCCUUUGUCAAGCUCUCCACUCCCUUCAUCUCAGCAAGACUACGGAUACCACCAGAGCGGCGGUGACACCAGUCAUCACUACUCAGCUUCUCAGUCUCAGGGCCAGGCUUCUGGCUACUACGGUGGCGGCCAGUCUGAACCCCAAGGCUACGGUCAACAGCAGCAGCAUCAGCCGCCUCCGGGCCAGUGGGGUCCUCCUCAACCCCCUCAGGGCUAUGGCGGACCGGGCUACGGUGGUCCUCCAGCUGGGUACGGCGGACCUGGGUACGGGGGACCCGGUUACGGUGGACCGCCGCAGCCUCAGUACCCUCCUCAUCAUGGAGGUCCACCCCCUCCGCAUCACCAGCAGGGUGGCGGCGGCUGGAGCCAGUACCCGGGCCAGCACCGCUACUAG